AUUUCUCUUUUGCCUCACAUAUAUGCAACUCCAAUCUAUUACAACUUCACACCAGUAUUAGUCACAAGAGGAGCACCAAUCAGCUCACACAAUCAAUAUGGCACACAGUUGACCCAGAAUGUGUUUCCAUCUACAUAUACUGUCUAUUUGCACUACCCUCUUUUACACAGCACACAGUGCACCAAAACAGGUAUGUUUAUCAGUCAUGACCAGAAUAUAUACAUCCAAAUUGUUUUAAAUGUUAAGUUGCUUUUUGCAGUCUUGUAACCAAUGCAGCUAAACUGAUCAUAUAAGUGUGCUGCUAGUGUAAGCUACAUGAAUAUUAAUAACUCUGCCUGCUGUUGCUGUGCGGGCAUGGCCUGAAUAAUGCACCAUCAUGAUGUGCACACGGCUGUGCUCUGCAGUGCUAUGUAUACUGAAAUGGAACACAGAUGCACAUGAGGCAGUGAGACAACAUCAUGACGACUGCCUGUACAGGCUUAAUGUGUUGCAAAUAUACUGACAUGAGAUUAGUCAGAAUACAUUCAUCGCUUAUAUUACAUUUAUUUUAUACUGAAUGUUCAUUCCUCUCAAUGUAGGUCACUCUAUAUAAAUAGUUGUCUGUCUAUUUUUCCUCUGCAUAUUUAUAGUUACGGGCCUGCUGGCAAAACGCAGCAGCCCAUUUUACUAUUCCUCAUUUACUACUUUAUUUAUUUUUUUCAUUGUUUUUAUGGCCCUGCUAUCAAAGCAGUUAAAUAUUUAGAAAACUGACCUAUACUGAAUACUGACUCUUCGAGUAUCAAACUCUUCUUCGUCUUGAACCCACCCUAUUAGGAACCUAAAUGGUUAAUUAUGAUCAACUCACUUGGCUCUGAUUGGCUGUUAAUGUAAAUUGACACCUGCUAAAGAAAUGCUCAAGAACACUUGCUGAGAUGUUCAAGGACUGCAUAAACAAAAUUCCCUGCAUAUUAUUAUUGUACAAUAUUCUUCUGUCAAUGAAACAAAUGUAUUUUUUACUGCGUACUGAUCAACUUUGUAAUGCACACAAUGAAGUAAAAUUAGCAAGGCGAUACAGUAAUGCAGUCUUUGUAGAUACAACCCUGAACUCCAAUUGUAACCUAUUGUAACAUUUUAACCUCUGUGCAUGAUGAUGUGUAUACACACGCACACACACAACAGCCCUAUAUUUAUUAAAUUGCUGUUAUAUUUUAAUUGACAGUCUGUGUCUGCCUGUCUGCACACUUAAUAUUUGUAGUUACAAAAUAUUCUUAGUCAGUCUACUAUACCCAUUAUCACUGUACUCUAGUUCCAACGCAUGACACAAUGUUAUGCCUGUAGUGAAGGUCAUAUAUGUUAUACUGUAUAUUCAAAUUGAAAGUAUUUUAGUGCCUUUACUAUAUCUAUCUCGCAGGCCUUCUCUUGCUGUCUUUUGUCUGUCUGCCUCUUUUUAAUUCACUCUUUUGUAGAGCACAGAGUUCUCCACUUGUGGUUCUGUUUUGUAUCAGUGGGUGGUGAUGUUGCUUCAGCAUUGGAACUGUCUUGAUGCUGGCUUGUCACUGAGAACAAAGUCAGCGUCCAACAUUUACAGGACACAAAAUAGUGACAUGAUGUGACUUGUUGUAGCUUAUUAAACAUCAGAUUGUGCCAAUGACAUUUGAGCAUUUAUUGCAGACAAAAUAAAAGGACCGGCCACGGAUAUUUGGGUAUUUUUGGUUUAUUAUUACAAAGCUGCAACAAUGGAUACUGUUAAGAGAAAAGGAACACUUGCUGUGCCGCAUUUGAGAAUCUCAAUUUUGCUUUUCUGUGUUAUGGCUGUGGUCAGUGGACAAAUGUGUUACUCCAUCCCAGAGGAGAUGAGGAAGGGGCUCUUUGUUGGAAACAUUGCCUCAAUGCAUCAAGACUUGGACUUGGAUGUGAAACGUUUGGUUUCUGGCCAAGUUUGGCUUGUUAUAGAUGAGGACAGCCAAAUUGCUCUGAACCAGAACAAAGGACACAUCGUUUUCAAUGAGAGAAUUGACAGAGAGAAAAUAUGUGCUAAGAGUACCUUUACUAUGGAAAUUGUCCUGGAAAAUCCACUUGAAUUAUUUUCUAUCAUCGAGAGAGAACAUGUUAACCAUUCUCCCUUUUCCCCGAAAAACACAUUCAUUUGGAGAUGAGUGACAUUGACAGUGUUUUUGCUUGUGUGCUAUAGAUCCCAAUGUUGGAAUAAAUUCCCUCAAAAGGUACUCCUUAAAUAUCAACCAUCAUUUUGUUCUGAAAUAAAACAAUGAAGGUGAUGGGGGGAGAAAUACAGAGAGAUGCUACUGCAGAACAGUUUGAACUGGAAAAAACAGAAUAAGCACAUGCUCACAUUCACAGCAACAGAGAGUGGAGAGUCACUGAGGUGUAGGAAAGUCACAUCUCCUUUCUGGACACGAACAACAAUGCUCCAAAUUUGACUCAGCCUUUAUACAAAGUGUUGGAAAACGCUGUGUGAGGGAAGGUUGUUGCCAGGAUGAGUGCCCUCAAUGCGGACCAACGGUAAUGUCACAUAAGGACACCUCUUGUUCUUUCCAUAUAAACUCCUCCGCGAGAGAGGUUAAAUUCACCAGUGACAUCAACAAUGAGGCAUCUCCGAGUUAUGAGAUAAACCUUCAAAGGCCUUCCAAAAGACAGAGCAAAGGCUUGACCAGAAAAAAAGGUUCUCAAUGUCUCAUUGGCACAGAUGAAAACGUGCCUGCCUUGUCAAGUCGAAAAUAAUAUUUCUAUAAGUAACUGAUACUAAUGAAAAAACACCAUCUUUUGGUUUAAGUCUUUACAACACUCUGUGUUUUUCUUGCGGUGCAAGCCAGUGACCCAGGUCAAAGUCAAAAUGCAUGUUCAUCAUAUUUCCUUAUUGACUGUGAAGCAAAUGGAAGUCUACUCUCCAUGCAUUUCACCAUGAAUGCAGCGAGUGGAGUAAUUCAGACGAUGCAGUCAUUCGACAUAAGAGCAAGUCAAAGAGUACAAAAUAGGCGUAAAAGCUCAGAAUGGAGGUGCGCCACUUCGAUCAAGUAUCACCACCAUAAUGGCUGAAAUGGUGCCUCGUUCAGCAGAUGUGGACUAGCUGGUGACUGAAGUGGUGGCUGUUGAUGUGGACUUUGAACAGAACUUGGUUUUGGCUGCUGUCUCCUUCCUCUUCAUCACUGGCUUGCUGCUGAUCAUAUCAGUCAAAGUGUACAGGAAAACUGUACAAGCUGUGAGUCAAAGUUUAUUGAGCGUGGAUGGAGCUGAUCCUGAUAUGUUGCAUGUGACCAAGCAGCUGGCAAGAAACCGUUCACAGAUGUCAACGUUAGUGAGUGGCGUGUUUCACCAUUCAUUCUUUGUUUUUAUCUGACCACUUUUAGGCAUUUAAGGAGAGUUGUUUUUCUGCUCAUUGCUGCUGCCAAUUGAAUUGACAUUAUGAACAAUCUUAAACUACAGCUUGUAGAAUUACAAGACAAAAUAAUCAUUUUAUUCCAUGCUGACUUUGCAUUUUGCCUACUUGCAAAUGAAAGUUCAACCAUUUUUACAGUAACAUUAUUUUCAAAGGGUGCAGAAAACAAACUAAACCUGAAAAUAGAAAAACAAUAUAUGAAGUCUGGGCCAUACAUAGCAAUGCAAUUAUACAGUAAUUGAAUCUGGAACAGUCUCCCAGAAGAUGUGUGACAAUCUUCAACUUUGGCAACGUUCAAAUCCAGCCUGAAAACGCUUCUAUCCAACAGUGCAUAUGACAACUGAAAGUAUUUUAUAUACUGUACACUCUUCAAUUAUUUUAUGGAGAUUUAUGGAAUGAUUUUACAAUGAUUUUAAGUUUUAUGGAAUGCUUUUAUGAAGUGAUUUUACCCUUCUUUUCUUAAAACACUUUGAAUUACCUUGUGUACGAAUUUUGCUCUAUAAAUAAACUUGCCUUGCCUUUUGAGACUACAAGUAUUUAUACUUUCUUGUCUUGUUUUUAACAAUUGUUUUUUUGUCAAACCUUUUUAUGUUGUGAACUCUUAAUUUAGCAUUUAUCAUAAUACACAAAUAACAUUGUUUAAGACUGACAAUUUAUUUAAUGUGAAAUGUUGGGUAAUAUUAUUGUGCAGUGGUAUAAAAACAGAAGUGAAAUUCACCGUAUCGACUCUAAGGGACGCUCUUGUCCAGCAUAAGGAUUUCCUUCCAUUCGGUCCAUGAUUGAUUGAAGUAAAGCAGCCUAGCUGUGUUCAUUUCAGGUUUAGGACGCAUGCGAGUGAACAGCAAGAGCCAAACGUUUUUGUUUAAGUCGUUUUGGAACUACAGGAAACGGAUAAUUAAACGUGGAGGUGUCGUUUUAUUUACUGGAUACAUUGCGGAGUUGUUCUUUUGCAAAAUGCCAGCAAGAGGAAGCGUUGCUGACGCACGAUGGAGAUGGCCAUCGUUUCAUGCGCCACAACAGCAACUGGGACUGCUUAUGUGCAUCUUUUAUUUGGUUUCCACGGUAGGUGGUCAGAUUCGUUAUUCUAUCCCAGAGGAGAUGAAGAAAGGCUCAGUGAUUGGUAAUGUGGCGCAAGAUCUUGGUUUGGAUAUGAAAAGGUUGCGUUCGGGGCGGGCCCGCAUCGUGACGGGAGAAAACAUCCAGUACACCGAGCUGAGGACAGACAAAGGGCUUCUCGUCGUCAAUGAGAGAAUAGACCGAGAGCAGCUUUGUGGAGAUGUGACGCCAUGUAGCUUCAGCUUUGAGGUCAUUUUAGAAAACCCGUUAGAACUGCACAGAAUCAUUGUUGAGGUUUUCGAUAUAAACGAUCACGCUCCUGUCUUUGCACAGAAAGAUAAAUCUCUUAUAUUUGAAAUAAGUGAAUCUACUGCAAUUGGAGUGCAGUUUCCCCUUCAGGGCGCAGAGGAUCAAGAUGUGGGGCAAAACGCAUUGCAGAAUUACAUUUUGUCACCAAAUGACAAUUUUAUACUGAAUCAGCAUGCAAAUCCAGAUGGCAGUAAAUAUGUUGAAAUGGUGCUCCAGAAGCCUUUAGACAGAGAGCGACAUCCCCGUUUGUCUUUAAAAUUAAUUGCAGUGGAUGGAGGAACACCACAGAGGUCUGGUACUGUAAAUAUAGAAAUAAACGUGCUAGAUGCAAAUGACAACAGACCAGUAUUUAACCAAUCAGAAUACAAAGCCUCUGUCACGGAAAACGCGAUGAAAGGAACUAGUAUAAUUACUGUAAAUGCUACAGAUGCUGACAGUGGUUCAUAUGGACUCAUCACUUACAGUUUGUCUAAAAUGAAAGGAAGUGCAGCAAAUCUAUUUCAUAUUGAUGAAAACACAGGCACAAUUUAUGUGUCUGGCGAAAUAGACUAUGAAAAGGACAGAAAGUUUGAAGUGAGGGUAGAAGCCAAGGAUCAAGGUGGGCUGACUGGGACCAGUAAAGUUAUAUUUGAUGUAAUUGACGUAAAUGACAAUGCUCCAAUUGUAAAUAUAAUGUCAUUUUCUAGUCCUCUGUCUGAAGAUUCACCUCUUGGGACAACAAUUGCAAUUCUAAACAUAAAAGAUGCAGAUUCUGACAGAAAUGGACAAAUAAAAUGUUCCAUAGAUCGUAAAAUGCCUUUUAAAUUGGAGACGUCUUUAACAAAUUAUUAUAAUUUGAUCUCAGAUCAGUAUUUUGAUCGAGAGUCUGUCUCGGAAUAUAACAUAACAAUUACAGCCACUGAUUUCGGAACACCUCCUCUUUCUAGUUCAACCAAGUUGCAUCUUAGAAUCUCAGACAUAAAUGACAAUGCACCAUUAUUUGAUAAAAACAUUUAUUCUGCUUAUGUCUCAGAGAAUAAUUCUCCUGGUAUUUCCAUAUUUGCUGUCACUGCUAGAGAUGCUGAUUGGAAUCAAAAUGCGAGAAUAUCUUAUCUUUUAGAGGACACACAGAUAAGUGGCAGUCCUGUUUCUACUUAUGUUUCCUUAAAUUCGGAAACUGGUGUUCUCAGUGCAGUUCGAUCAUUUGAUUAUGAGCAAAUUAAACAUGUAGACUUGGUGAUCAAAGCUCAGGAUGGAGGCUCCCCUCCUCUCAGCAGCAACGUGAGUGUUCGCAUCCUGAUCCAAGACCAGAACGACAACGCCCCCCAGGUCCUGUACCCGGUCCAGACGGGUGGUUCAAUGCUGGCUGAAAUGGUGCCUCGUUCAGCAGAUGUGGGCUAUCUGGUGACUAAAGUGGUGGCUGUUGAUGUGGACUCUGGACAGAACGCCUGGCUCUCCUAUAAAGUGCACAAAGCCACAGACAGGGCGCUGUUUGAAGUGGGCCUACACAAUGGAGAAAUAAGAACUGUCCGCCAAGUCACUGAUAAAGAUGCUGUCAAGCAAAGACUGACUGUUCUAGUGGAGGACAACGGGCAGCCCUCUCGUUCAGCUACAGUCAUUGUUAACGUGGCGGUGGCAGACAGCUUCCCUGAAGUGCUGUCAGAGUUCACUGACUUUAGCAUGCAUGACAAGGAGUACAAUGACAAGCUGACUUUUUACUUAGUCUUGGCUUUGGCUGUGGUCUCCUUCCUCUUCAUCACCUGCUUGCUGCUUAUCAUAUCAGUCAAAGUGUACAGGUGGAGACAGUCUCGCAUCCUGUACCACUCCAGCCUCCCAGUCAUUCCAUAUUAUCCACCACGUUACUCAGACACUUUGGGGACAGGGACUCUCCCACACGUGUACAAUUACGAGGUGUGCAGGACCACUGACUCCAGAAAAAGCGACAUGAAGAAUAUGCAAGCCAUGAGUCAAAGUUUAGUGAGUGUGGACGGCGCUGAUGCUGAUAUGCCGCAUGCGACCAAGCAGCUAUCAGGAGACUGUUCACAGAUGUCAACUUUGGUGAGUUAA